CCACGGAAUCUCCCACCUACGCCGCUGCACUCUCCAACAGUCCAACCAACCACCAAGAUACAUACAUUCUCCCGGAAUCAACCGGAGCAGGAGCCGUCGAUCGAGAUGGGAGAUCAGCGAAAUGCCUCGUCGUCGUCGUCGUGCCGCGGCCGGCGGGGCCCGGCCGGGUUCGGGCUGGCGCUGGCCCGGCUGGUGCGGAGGAUGCGGAGGCGGAGCAAGAUGCUGCUGUGCAGUGCGGCUCCCACGGGCGCGUCCUCCCGGUGCCGCCAGUACGACCCGCUCAGCUACGCGCGGAACUUCGACUGCGACGGCUUCGGCACCGCGCUGUACGACGACGUCUCCGGCGCCGACCACCUCUGCCACCACUACACCUUCGCCUCGCGCUUCGUGCUCGCCUCCUCCGACGCCCGCCAGCCGCACUAGGAGUCUAGGACGGCAGGCCGGCCGGUGAGCGAGCUGGUCGCAAGUAGCACUAGCGUAGCCAGAGCUGCUCUGUUUUUUGUUUCGUUCUUUGUCCCCCGGCUUCAGCUAGCAGAGUAGCUAGUAGAUGGUAUGCGUGUUCAUAUGUGGGGUCGAUUUCCAGGCCGGCCUCCUUGUCUCCUAAAAUUUGUGACCACUUGGAGAGCUGCAGGCAAAUUAGCCAAGUGGAUGAAAUGUUUUCCACAUAUAAAAGCUAACAUUUCUUGAAUUUCUCGGCCUUC